CCGAGGUUGAGGACGUCGCCUUCCCUCACUUCCCGGUCCUUGCAGUCCGGGGUCCAGACAACCGGAGGGCGCGGGCGAGAGGCGGCGGUGGAGGUCCUCCAGGUCAAAUCUUGGAGGAUGCUCCGUGUUCUGUGGACCUUGUGGAUCUUGGUGGCCAUGAAAGACCUCCGAAGGGAGGGCUGUUCUGCUCAGGCACCUCUGUCAUGUGAUGCUGGUGUGUGUGAUGGCCGUUCCAGGUCUUUCACCUCCAUUCCCUCAGGACUCUCCGCAGCCGUGAAGAGUCUUGACCUGUCUAACAAUAAGAUCGCCUCCAUUGGCAACGGUGACCUGCGGGGGUGUGUGAACCUCCGAGCUCUGAUGCUGCAGUCCAAUGGGAUCAACAGAAUAGCGGAAGGGGCCUUUUCUUCCCUGCGCAGUCUUGAGCACUUGGACUUGUCUGAUAACCAGCUAUCUGACUUAUCUUUCUCCUGGUUCGGGCCUCUGUCCUCUUUGAAAUACUUGAACUUGCUAGGAAAUCCUUACGAGAUACUGGGGGAGACAUCACUCUUUUACAACCUCACAAGUUUACAGACUCUCAGGGUAGGAAACAUCGCCACCUUCAGUAAGAUCAGGAGGAUAGAUUUUGCUGGACUGACUUCUCUUGACGAACUUGAGAUCAAAGCGCUAAGUCUCCAGGCUUAUGACUCCCAAAGUCUAAAGUCGAUUCAAAACAUCCAUCACCUGACCCUUCAUCUGAGCCAGCCUGGUUUCCUCCUGGCGAUUUUUGCAGACAUCCUGAGUUCUGUGGAAUAUUUAGAACUGAGAGAUAUUGGUGUGGCCAGCUUCCGCUUCUCAGAAUUGUCCACGGCAGAUGAAAUAAAUUCGCCGAUGAAGAAGUUAGCAUUCCGAAAUGCAGAUCUCACUGACGAAAGUUUUAACGAGCUUCUGAAGCUGCUGCGUUACAUCCCGGAACUCUUGGAGGCAGAGUUUGAUGACUGCACCCUUAACGGAGUGGGCGAUUUCCAACCCUCUGAGUCAGACAUCAUCAGAGAACUAGGCAAAGUAGAAACGUUAAUAAUACGGAGGUUGCAGAUCCCCCGAUUCUACUCAUUUAACGAUCUGAGAACGGUGUACCCACUCCUAGAGAAAGUUAAGCGCAUCACAGUAGAGAACAGCAGGGUCUUUCUGGUCCCUUGUGCAUUUUCACAGCGUUUGAAAUCAUUAGAGUUCUUGGACCUCAGCGAAAAUUUGAUGGUUGAAGAAUAUUUGAGAAACUCAGCCUGUGAGGACGCCUGGCCUUCUCUCCAAACUUUAAUUUUGAGGCAGAAUUAUUUGAAAUCACUGGAAAGAACUGGGGAGAUUUUACUGACUCUGAAAAACCUGACUGCCCUUGACGUCAGCCGGAACAGCUUCCGUCCUAUGCCUGACACUUGUCAGUGGCCACCAAAGAUGUUCUUCCUGAACUUGUCCAGUACAGGGAUGCAGGCUGUGAAAACGUGCAUCCCACAGACGCUGGAGGUGCUGGAUGUUAGUAACAACAAUCUCGACUCAUUUUCUUUGUUUUUGCCUCGGCUCCGAGAGCUCUAUAUUUCCGGAAACAAGCUGAAGACUCUCCCGGAUGCCUCCUUGUUCCCCGUGUUACUGGUCAUGAAGAUCAGAGAGAAUGCCAUAAGCACUUUCUCUAAAGACCAGCUUAGCUCUUUCCCCAAAUUAGUGACUCUGGAAGCAGGCGACAACCGCUUCAUCUGCUCCUGUGAAUUCUUGUCCUUCACACUGGGGCAGCCAGCACUGUCCCAGGUCCUGCCCGACUGGCCAGACAGCUACCUGUGUGACUCUCCACCCCGCCUGCGCGGCCAGAGGGUUCAGGAAGCCCGGCCCUCAGUCUUGGAGUGUCACCAAGCUCUUCUAGUGUCUGGCGUCUGCUGUGCCCUUCUCCUGCUGAUCCUGCUCAUAGGCGGCCUGUGCCACCAUUUCCAUGGGCUGUGGUACCUGAGAAUGAUGUGGGCGUGGCUCCGGGCAAAGAGGAAGCCCAAGAAAGCUCCGCACAGAGACAUUUGCUAUGAUGCCUUUGUUUCCUACAGCGAGCAGGAUUCCUACUGGGUGGAGAACCUCAUGGUUCAGCAGCUGGAGAAUUCUGACCCGCCCUUCAAGUUAUGUCUCCACAAGCGGGACUUCGUUCCGGGCAAGUGGAUCAUUGAUAACAUCAUCGACUCCAUUGAGAAGAGCCACAAAACCGUGUUUGUGCUCUCUGAGAACUUCGUGAGGAGCGAGUGGUGCAAAUAUGAGCUGGACUUCUCCCACUUCCGGCUCUUCGAUGAGAACAAUGAUGCUUGCAUCCUCGUUUUGCUGGAGCCCAUUGAGAAGAAAGCCAUUCCCCAGCGCUUCUGCAAGCUCCGCAAAAUCAUGAACACCAAGACCUACCUGGAGUGGCCCUUGGAUGAAGCCCAGCGGGAAGUGUUUUGGGCAAAUCUGAGAACUGCAAUAAAGUCCUAGGUUCUCCACCCAGUUCCGGUCUUGCCCUAACCAUGAACUGUAGCAAAGUUUAUUCUGACGUAAUUAUUUAAGUACCAUAGAAUUGUACCCUUGAGGGUUUAAAUAUAAGUGAUAAUUGUGAGCUUUAUCUUGA